UUCUAGCAAAAGUGUCAAUGGAACAUACCCAGUUUUCUGCACUUCUGCUAGAAAGUGCAAAAACGGUGCAGUUUCAGUGCACUCCACUACACCGUUGUCAAUCAAUCGAAAACCCCAUUAAUGACUUCAUGUUUUUGCUUUAGGUUUUAGAUUUGGAGAUCUUUUGCUGCCUUUAAUUAUAUGUAUAAAUAAGAUUAGAUUUAAAUAUUUUUUGGAAAGUACACCGGCUCAGUGUAAAAAAGGGAUGUGCUAGUCUUUACAGGGCCGGUUACUUUAAAUUGUUUUUACUUAACAGUUAGUUGAAGUUUUAGAUCUGCUGGAAAUGGUAUGAUAAAUAUGGCAUAAAACAAUGCAAUGUUCAGUUCAGUGUUGUUUGUUUAAAUUACUGACAGUCAUUGAAAAGACAUGGGCAUUUGUUAAAUCUUCAUAAAAAUAUCAUUUUAUUUUUCGAAAUAUCAAUAUAACCAAGUAAAAGUUGACUAAUGUUGGGCAACACGAAUUUUUAAUACUCAAUCAAAAAUUGUUUUGUAUAUAAUAUGAUAAUCUUCACAGGCUGAACGAAUGCUAAACGAUGAACGAGAUUCGGAUGAACAGCUAAGGAAUAAGUUCAACGAACAAUGGACGCGAACUCCUUCUAAUAAACUAACCCAAACAUUUCGUGAGAAUUGUGCAACAUAUCGUAAAAUUAUAGAUAAUGCCAUUACUGCUGACAAGACAGUGAGCGAGAAAUUCGAGAAAAAUCGAAAAGGAAUUGAGUUGUUGUCGAUGACCCAAGAACAACUAUCAGUAGAAAUUCCGUGUGGUACAGUAAACAGUGCUGCAUGCAAUUCCUCAGCAGCACAAAAGUUGCAAAAUUUUAUGGAAUCAGUGGAGACGAUCAAAGCUGAGCGGGAUGUAGUCGAAUCUGAGCUUCGAUCAGCAACUGUUAACCUCAGAGAUCAAUUUUUAGCCGCACUUGCGGCUGAUGGCGUUAUCAAUGAACCUGCUAUCUCUAUUGCAGAAAUUGGAAAGGUUAUCGCUCCACUGCAGACUCAGGUUCAAGACAAUUUGUCACGCCAAGAAUCAUUGAUUCAGGACAUUAAACUGGCCCAUCAAGAUUUUCUAGCGGAGUCAGGAACAUCGGAUAAGUCAAAUGAAACAGUAUUGACUCAGCUCGCUUCUGCGUAUGAUGUAUUUUCCGAACUGCAACACAAUCUUCAAGAUGGGGUCAAAUUCUACAACGAUUUAACUCAAUUGCUAAUUACUUUCCAAAACAAAAUAUCCGAUUAUUGCUUUGCACGAAAAACUGAAAAGGACGAAUUGAUGAAAGAUUUAACGCAACAGGCAAGUCGCCAUGUACAACCUGCAGCACCUACUAUUCCUGUGCAUCUGGCAUCGACAACUCCCACGCAAGAACAAUCGGCAUCACCACCUGCACCUGUACAAGCCACACCGUAUCCGAUGCAACCUCAAGGUAUGCCGUUGCCGUAUGGUGCUACACCGAAUGUUCCGUACCCAGCGUAUGUGCCAACUCCCAUGCCACAAGGAUUUAAUCCGUACGCUACACUUCCUUAUCCUAAUGCAUAUCAGGGCUUUCCACAAGGCCCCAGCACUGCCUACUAUGGCACGUACCCGGGAGCUUAUGCUACCCAGCAAGCGCAACAACAUUCACAGAAUCCGAAUAAACCAUUUGGUUGGUGAAUCUGUCAUUGUUCCGAUCCCGGUCGUUAAUAGAGUUCAGAUACAACAUAAAUCAUGCAUGCUACCUAUCGAUACGCAUACCAACCGUUGCGCUGAAUAUCUUUGUUGUUAGUUACAUUUAAGAAAUAUAUCCUAAGUAAAACUACUAUCGAAAAUUAUAUUAAAGUCAGUCAUAGUAAAUUUUUUUUGUCGCGUGUGGUACUUUAAAACUAUUAUGAAUGAAUCAAAUAAAAAUAUCAAGUUAUAGGGUAAUAUGCCUAUUAUGGCAGUAGAGUUUAUUGUGACCCUUUUUCGCCGCACUUUUUGGUUUCGAACCAAGGAUAUGAGAUAAUGACAAUAUCUAUUUGACUAAAAAAGUUCUUGAAAUACCUACCUGCUAGUUCGCCUCAGAAAGUAAACCGAAACAUGAAGCAAAGGUGCUCGGCACAAUGAAAAAUACGAGCCGUGAAUUACAUCCUCCAUAACGUUACUCCACCUCAAAUACAUUAAACAUUGCUCUGAGAAUACCUUUAUUUUUGUUAAAGAAUCCAUUUACUAUUAAUUCACUAUAAAAGCACUCGCUAAACGCUAAGAUAAACCUAGUGUUAUAAUACGUAAUUCAGAAACACAUUGGUACACAUUUUCGCCAUAUUUAUCACACUAUUACAAUCAAAACAAACUUUUUGCAUCCAGUACACAGGAAAGAAUCAGCGGCAAUGCAAUUUCGGAUAGAAGCAAUCAAUUAUUUCAAGGCUGAUUGCUGAUCACCGAGAUUUUUUUCAUCUGCAUUUAAAAUUCGGCUCGUAACAAUGUAAUGUUUGGGUCUUGAGCAGAAAAAUUUUAUAUGUAAUUUACUCGGACGCACACUCGAUCUUGCUUUCUGCUCCUUCGACUGUGAAACUACAGUUUCGCUAGUAACGUUAUUUUGCUACUACCCGCAGAUAAACAUUAUACACCGCUUGCCAUUACAAUCCAUACAAAUACUGAAAGCAUCCCAUCGUCGACGGUUAACGAUAGUAGCAACAGGCGCCAAUUGAAUUAUCGGUUGAAUAAUUUUUGUUCUUUCUGAUUAUUUGAACAAUAUUAAUAUAUAGUUUUUGUGGGUAAAUUAACCGGUGGCUUGAAUAUUCCUCUUGCAAAUCGCCCGUUUCCCCUGCUUGGAGUACGUUGAAGUUGCGUCAGUUAUAACGUGAGCGGAACGCUUAUCAACGUAGACUUCGCAGCCAUCGGACCCUUACCAAUGUUUUUAACUUCCAUUGAUCGGUAAAUGCGUAUCGACUAACAGACUAACCAGCGACGAAAUCCACGGUGUUUUUGGCGAUUUGUAAAUUCCAAAAGAAAAAACCCAUCGGUACUGUCGAAUAUCUUUCUUGGUAGUGCAAUCGCUACUGCAGCUUCAGAUUCAUGUGAACGAUUUGCGAGGCAUUUCACUGAAGUUUUUUCGAGCAGUUUUACUUCAAGACAAGAGGUGGAAGAUGCUGCUUCCGAUGUUCCCACCGUUGUAAUUAAUUUGGGCACUUUUGUUGUUACGCCUGAAUUGAUUGCGAGAUUGAUUGAACAUGCCGCAAAACAACUAAAAUCCCCUGGACCAGAUGGCGCUGUAUCACAUCUUUGACAGGACCAUUAAGUAGUAUUUUGAACGAUUGUGUGUAGGAAAACCGACCAUUUCAUUUUAUUAUGCUCCAGAUGGUCAAACCAAUAACACAGAGAACAGACAUCCAUGAUCGGACAAAAAUAUUUAGAAAACUACAAGGGGCAGCCCUAUGGGGUUGCACGAACUGUAGACGUAGGACUAUACUACUUACGUAUGGUUUAAUCACAACCAAUCAACAUCGAAUAUUACAUAUUGAACCAAACCUUCUUGGUUAUCAGGUCACUUCAUUUGUAGUAGGUGAUCGAAUCCGAUUAAACUUAUUUAAGAAGAUAUGAAGAAAGAAGACAGAAAACUGUGACCGAACCAAUAUCUGGAACUAAAUUUUUAUAGCAUAAGAUAAGCUUAUAAAAACUUUUCGAUUGUUUGUGGUUAAAAACUCGGACCAGUGAAGAAAAAUCAAAUUUUAGACAAUAUAAUCACAUUUCAUGUAUAGAACAAGCAUUCUAGUUAUAUUUUGCCAUUAUUGUAACUUUCCCAAAGUACGCAUACAAAUGUAGCGAAUGCAGUGGUCUUUAUCAUAUAUCGAAACUAUAAAUAUACAAGGAUCGAAAACAAUUUUAUAUAUGGACAAGAUGCGUUUUUGCAACGGUUUUUCAAGUGGCAGUGUAUUCAUUCAUAAAUAGGCUUUGCAGUAUGUACCUAUUAGUAGAAUCGAAAUACUAUAAGCUGAGUGGAAAUGAAUCACGUGAUGGGGAAAUGAAUCAAUGAAUUGAUCGAACGUAAAUAAUAAACUUUCGUUGUGCAAUUUAGUAACAAAUUAGAUCUACCUACCUACAUAUUCGCCUCAAACAUUAAACCCAAGCGCACAAAGCAAAAUGAAUCAACGCUGAUGAUGAUGGGUAGAGCGAAAGAGACAACUAAUACCACGACACUAUGUUAACCGUGUUUGCAAAUGGAGCUCGCAUGUACAAACUAUUUUGUGUACGAAUAAUUAUACAUAAAAGUGUGCUGGAAAGCAGUGCAACGGACUUCUAACUCAGCUACACUGGCUGAGUUAGCUAAACAGCGGAGUGAUCUGCUUUGCCUGCCGCUCAACAGACAACUGAACGUGCUCGCCGAAAUCCGUCCGUUUAAAUAGUCGAUGAUGACGUCAUUCACAGAAGCGUAGCGCGCUAGGUACACAAAUCUGUCGUGCUGGACUAGGGAAGCGCUAUCUUCUAUGUGUAAAUGCGCGAUAUUUUGACUAGGUUGUUCAUUAUUUAAAUUUUUAAUGCCAUGAUAUCAAAAAUCUUUGGGUUUAUCUAUUGGAAUCCAUUCUUAGAAGUAUUUCGGGGCGAUACGAGCAAAAAAUUUGAAAAUUUAUCGUGAGAUGGCUAAAUUAUAUGCGUUUAAA